AUGCAUACGUAUGGAUUACUUCUGAAGGAGACAGAAUCACAGCUGGUGGAAUCUUUGACGAGCGGAGGAGCGAUUCAACAGCACAGCAUCAACACAACAGCGUGCAGAAAAACGACAAGUAAGGACGUGGUACUGGUACGGGGAGGGGGGGCGUGGGGGGCACAGCAGUGGAGAGAGGAGGGAGGGUGUGUCGGUCGCCAGCGGGCCUCUAAUACUUCCCUCAAGAUUGCAAGAUUUGUCAUUGCGUCUCUUUCGCACACACCACCCGGUGAACGCCCCCUGCAGGAGCGGAGGGCAGUGCCACCAACUCCUGGCGGUCGUCACUCCGGGCGCACCUGCAGCAGUAGUGCCCCCGAGAGCCAUAGCCAGCCAUGGAUAAAACCUCGAAAGGGACAAGGAAGGAAGGACAUGAGGUUGGCAAAUCAGCGAAUCCUCCAGAGGGAACGAAGCGUCCACCACGACACCCACCGUGAACCAAGAAUCUACAUCUUCCAAGAGGGACGUCUCCCCUGCUCGUUCAGGCGAAAUAUCGAGAUCCACCAGGCCUUUUCUUCAAGAAGACAGUGCAUACCGAGCAGGGGAACACCCCCGUUUCCGUCCCAACUUGAGUGCCCGCCGAACGCGGGUCCCAAAGCCCGCACCCAUUGACGGCAACGUGGGAGCUCCCCCUCAGUCGGCAAUCAUACAUGGUGCCGAAAUCAACGCUUCUGUGGGUACGCAAGGGCGUGACCUAGCACGCAAUGGGCUUAUUACGCAGAGCUCUGACAAUGUCGAGGCUUCCCACUUGCGUCAUUUGUUCGGAGUUGUUGCCGGUGCUGCUUCAGACAUCGUGGAUUCUUCAGGUCGUGGGAAACCUUCAUCUGAGAUGUUGCUCGAGGGUGACAGGAGGCGGGCUGCACACCAGGGUAUUCAGGCCACCCAAUCGCGAGACAGGCGAAUCGACGCCUUUAUCGUGGCUCUCGGUCGCGCUUGUCUUGGCAAGCCGUGGUA